AUGAGAAUUUCACGUCACCGUAUUGAGUCGUCACUGAAGCAUUUUAAUGCUGACAGUUCGGAGUCGCAAAAAUGGCAAUACUCUGACAUUCUCCAAGCUAACGCUGGUGUUAAUCAGGAACCCUCAUGCCCGAUGCAACGUCCUGGACAAACGGUUAACCAACAGCCCCCUUCACAAUCAGUUGAUGCUGGUUCUGACAUUCGAUUGAUCCCCGAGGAUACCCACUACAUCUACAAAGAGGGUACUGCCAUACCGGAUAUCCGGUGUGUGGCUGACUGUAACCCUACCUGUGAGAUGUCGUGGUACCAUGAUAGAACUGGACACAUCACAACGGGGAGUAACCUGUCCUUGAUGGAAAUGGAGAGGUCAAAGGACGGGAACUACACGUGUAAAGCCACAAACAGUCGAGGGACUCGGACUUUAAAUUUGGCUGUAGUUUCUCUCUUCCCUCCAGAAGGUGUCCAGAAUGGCCUCCCGAACCCCUCCUAUAUGUUAUACUCGGGCGACAGGUUGUAUAGCAGUAUCACCAUUGACGCGUCACCUUCACCACAUGUCUACCAUCUGUAUAAGGGGGAUGACAAUGCUCAGCAUAAUGAAACCGGCAUAGCAAUGCAGAGGACGAGGCGUGCCAAUUAUAGGGCCGAAUAUUCCUACAGCAUCAGCAACAUCACCUUCUCCGACGCGGGACACUACCUUUUGAAUGUGUCAAACUCACAGGGAACCUUCAUUUUCAGGUUUUCGGUCAACAUUUUAGACUACGAUAGUCACACAGAAAAGUACAAUAUAGCAGCCAUCUCUACCCUGGGAACACUUGCCGCAGUUUGCCUGACGACAAUCAUCGUCUUGUCACUCUGCCUGUUCAGAAAAAGAUCUACAGAGCAGGUCGAUCAAGUGACAGAAAAUACUUACGAAAACAUUAACCCCGCCGAAAGAGAAGAUCCGCCAAUAUACGAAAUGAUGUAAAUCAUGCGACGUCACUGUUAGGAAAUAACAUCUGAAGCCAUAGUAUUUGAUGAGGACUUUACAACACUGUUAGUCCCGAAACCCAAACAUACAAAAAAAGGUUUCUGGGGUCCAUUUAU